UUUUUUUAUGCUGUGGUCCUUUGCAGAAGUAUGAAAUUACCCCCUUUCUUAAUUAAUUGAAAACUAACAGUCCCCUGUCUGUCAUUAUGCUUUGUUGUCAUGGUGCCUUUAUUUCCUGCUUUAGUAUCUGUGGAAUAUGCCUUCUUUUUGGUUGCUAAGUGAUCACUUGAGUAUUGAAUAUGUUAAUAAGCAAAGUUCUCUUUUUGCUUCUGUUCAGUGCUCUUUAUCUUUGGAAACAUGUAAGGGUCAUUGUCAUGGCUUUCAAGUAGGAAUACAGCAAGUAAGAAUUCAGAAGAUAGUUCUUGUUUGCUUCUUAUUUGUUUUAGACACUUAGCUACAGUAAGUGAGGAGCAGUGGCUAGGGCUCUAGAUUUGUAACUACAAAGUUGAGGCGUUUAAUUCCCAGGUGGUGCACUGCUGUUGUACCCUUGAGCAAGGUACUUUACUUGACUAAAAUACCCAGCCUGAUAAAUCGGUAUAAAUGUUUCAAAAGAAAGUACCAAAAGAUUAGUAGUCAUAGUGGUAAACUUGAAUUUUCUGGUUUUCAGUGGCGGAAUAGAACUGCAUUCCAAAAAACUGUGGAUUCUGUGGAAUUUCUGAAUUCUCAGUAUGCUGAGAACGAAUUGUAGAGUAUAAAUCUAAAUUUAUCGAGAGGUUGUGUCUGACUACUCACUACUAAUUGAUUUCCCUUUCAAAUGUUUUUGUUUCAGGCUAAUCUGAAAGAAUUUAAGGGGAACGGCAAUUAUAUUUUGAUUAAAAAGAAUCAGCAUUGAUGAGUGCAUUUCAAACCACAGUGAAAGUUAAAUGGACACAGUAACGUGUAAAUCCUCCAGUGUACAUCACAGAAUAGAUUAAAUUUCCGGGUAUGAGCAGCACCAUUUUCUGUGAUUCAGAUUAAGUCAACAAAAUGUCUAGUGACGUACGUGGCCCUAUGACAUUGUAAACAAGCGGGCUUGUGAAUACAUUACUUUUAAUCCAAGAGAAAUAUUGCUCUCAACUUUGAGAUGAUUUUACUGACAAAUCCAACUUACUAGUUAACUCUGAAUGCAGAUCACAUUGGAACAUUUCUGCAGUGAAAUGUCUUCUGCUCAACCUGUUCUUAUUCGCUCGUACAUCACCUUACAUGAGUCAUUACAGUGACUAGUGAGCAGGAAGGGUCGUUUCACAUCACAAUUCUCGCAAACUAUCACUCUCACCCAUGGCUAAACCAGCUUUUUGUGACAACAUGGCGACUAUACGGUACUUUCAAAAAGUUCAGAAUUUGGGACUUCAUUCAGAAUUUUUAAAAUUUUGUGAUACAUUUUAAUUAUUUUGUUUCCAAGAUUUAAUAACCGGUCUGAGAAUUUGUGACUGCAGUUCCUCUUUUAAUAGUAGAACAAACUUUAAACAGAGGGCAAACAGAAGUAAAGCCUACUGUACAUUACAAAUGCAGUUUUGUGUUGAUGGUGUAGGGACAGUUUAUGAUAGCAAGUUGUUGAAAAGUCUUCUUUUUUAAGUACGUACUAUGAUCAAGUAAAUCUACAUGUAUUAGGAAACAAAUGACAAAGGUAAUUUAUUGCUAUCAUAACUGGAUGUGAUUCACAUAACUCUCAGAAAGGAAUUUUGUUAAUUAAAUCACCUGUGAUUUGUAGGUUAAAAAAAAGAUGUAAUCUAUCACUAGAUCUGCAGAAAGAAGGGUGAUUAUUUCCCCUUUUCCUACAAAUACACAUGGUGGAGAAUUGCAUCUGCAACAUUUACUGUUUCGACCAAAAAUAUAACAAUGAAUACAUAUUUAUAUUGAUAUAAAAUGAUUGUAUCUUGAGAGAUUCAGUUCAUGCUUAGCCUCCAGUUCAAGCCUUUGCAUGCAGUCAACAGCUUUUAAAAUGCAUGAGUUUGUUCAGCCAGUGUCCCUGAAGUAACUUUAGAAGACAGUAUGAGGUUUCAGUGUCAGCUGAUAGACUUUAACAUUCAGUCUGAAAUUGUAAUGGUAUAAAAGAGGGAAGGGAACUUUCAGGAGUAACAACUUAGGUUCAGGUAAUAAUAUAAGAGGUCUGCUAAUAUUUUGGCACAAUUUAAUGUUAAUUUAGGUCACUAUCUUAGUAAUGCAGGUUGUAAUAUUGGGAUAAAAUUGUUUUGUCUUCUGAUUUUUUUGUAACCUAGAAACAAUGCAAUUAACAAUGUUCUAUAACACAAUACCUUUUUGGUUUUAAUGUCCUUUGUCAUAUUUCCAAAAUGUUACAAUUUGGGUUUAUCGGGGGGUUUCUGAAGAUUCCGAUGUGUCUGUCCUGAAUUCUCAUUUGUGCUAUAGAGAAAGUGCUGGUGAGACAGAUUUGUCAGUGUAGUGCAUAUUUGAAUAUUUCCAUAUAAUUCACAAGGGGGUGUCAGAAUGUGAGCAUAAGAUCUUUUAACAGGCUAAAAAUUAUUUAAAAUAUAUGAUGAGCUUUUUGCUCUGAGCCGGUAAAACAUUACAUUUUCAUACCACAAUACAAAUAAUUAACAUGCUUGGACAUUGCAUGAAGUUUUAUACCAUUAACUUUAGAGUCAAAUGUUCAGUUUACAGGUGAUACAGUGUGCAGUGAACCUUUCUAGUCUAAGAACUUUAGUCCUGACUCAGGUGACUCUUUCAUUUCCAGGAUGUUUGUUAAGCAGCUUAAUUGUAUCAAUGCCUUUAUUUAAAAAAAAAGAAGAAAUAAUCAUCUUUGAUAUUUUAAAAGACAGAUUUUUUUGUUUCGUAAUAAAAAGCAUCACUGUAACACCUUUGAAAAAUACAUUAAGGAACAAAUAACAUUCAAACAUUGUGUAUCUUAUUUAGCUAGGUUUCAAAUUAGUACAGAAGACAUCUUAUGUACAUUACUAAAUUUGCAUUAAUAAAAGUUGUACAUUUAGAGACUAAUGUAGGACUACCUAAAUAUUUAUGUUAGUUUUAAUGUUAAAUCAAAUGCAAAAUGCUUAGUGAAGUUUAGCGCUGUCAUAACCUAUUUUACUGAAGAAACCCAGACAAAUUGCUCUGUGUUGUUAACAGGUCAUUAGAAGAAGCAAACUCUCUAGUUACAGCACAAACAACAUUCUACAGGAGAGCACUAGUUCCCUCCCAUUUAAAGUCUGUCUGCUUUCUCCCUUACCAGUAAACGGGCAAGCAGUUGUCGCUCUAGGGGUUUUAUUUCAUAUAUGUGAUCAUGUUUUAUUUCACUGCCUUCAGAGGGGCUCAUUGUGAACCGCCCGAAGAAGAGUGUUAAAUUACAGGGUACUCCCAAGAAUUAGCAUGAUUAACAUACAAAUAACUCCUCUUUGCCUUUGUAUUGCCAUUCAGCUGUGUUACAGGACUGCAAUGCAGAGGAAGUCUUAAAUCCAAUCAGAAGAAGCUUUAAAGAGCUGCCUAAAGUAUUACCUCGGUUUGUCUUGACCUCAGAUGGCUGCGACUGUUCUUUAAUGAUGUGUGUGAGAGUCCCACACAGCGUGAACACAGUUAGCAGCGGGAACAACAGCAGUGCCGUUUGCAGCAACAGGCAGUUUCAGGUGCUGGAAAAAGGAGAGCAGGGGGCUCUGUGCUUGAGGACGAAGAGUGAACAUGACAUCUCAGGAUUAGCGGGCUUGUGCUUCAAGGGAUUAUCUGAGAAGGACCUGGUUUGUGGAGUGAUCAGAGCCCCAGAAAAGGAAUUAAAAAGCUAAAGCAAAAAAGCCUUUUAGUUAAGACUGGUGGCAGGAAAUGGCUUCCCAACUACGUGAGGAUGCAAUGACUGGAGACACAGACAAAUACCUUGGGCCACAAGAUCUGAAGGAAUUAGGAGACGACUCACUUCCGCAAGAAGGUUAUAUGGGUUUCAGUAUAGGAGCGCGAUCUGCCAGCCCUAAGAUCAGCCUACGCUCCUUCAGUUCGGAUAGGUCCAACACUCUGAACCGAAGCUCCUUCGCAAGAGACAGCAUCAUGAUUGAGGAGAUGCUGGCCCCCACAAAGGAUACGAAGCUUCAGAGUGUCUGCAAACACGUUUCCUUCAUUAUUGACCCUCAGAAUAAGCACCUGACUGUGACAAGGGAAUAUGACUCAGACUCUCUGAGACGGUACAGCUGGGCUGCAGAUACCCUUGACAAUGUGAACCUUGUUUCCAGUCCUAUUCAUUCUGGCUUUUCCUCUCCACUUCCCCAGUAUGACUCAAGGUUUCUGGUCAGUUUCAUGGUUGACGCUCGCGGCGGAUCCAUGCGAGGCAGCCGCCACAACGGCAUGCGGAUCAUUAUCCCGCCGCGGAAGUGCACCGCGCCCACGCGCAUCACCUGCCGCCUGGUGAAGAGGCACAAGCUCGCCAGUCCCCCGCCCAUGGUCGAGGGAGAGGGACCCGCCAGCCGGCUGGUGGAAGUCGGCCCCGCGGGAGCCCAGUUUCUGGGCCCUGUGAUAGUGGAAAUUCCCCAUUUUGGAUCAAUGAGAGGGAAAGAGAGAGAACUUAUAAUUCUGAGGAGCGAAAACGGAGAAACGUGGAAGGAACACCAGUACGACUGCAAAUCGGAAGACCUUAAUGAAAUUCUAAAUGGAAUGGAUGAAGAACUGGACAGUGCCGAAGACCUGGAGAAGAAACGUAUUUGCCGGAUUAUUACUAAGGAUUUUCCCCAGUACUUUGCUGUGGUGUCCCGGAUUAAGCAAGAGAGCAAUCAGAUGGGUCCAGAAGGGGGUGUCCUGUCAAGCAUGACAGUGCCGCUUGUCCAGGCCUCCUUCCCGGAGGGAGCGCUGACCAAGAGGAUCAGAGUGGGCCUGCAGGCUCAGCCAGUUCCAGAUGAAAUUGUGAAAAAGAUUCUUGGCAAUAAGGCCACGUUCAGUCCUAUUGUGACCGUCGAACCCAGGAGGAGAAAAUUUCAUAAACCCAUCACCAUGACGAUUCCUGUACCGCCGCCAUCUGGAGAAGGCGUUACCAAUGGAUACAAAGGAGACACUACCCCAAGUCUGCGACUGUUGUGCAGCAUAACAGGAGGCACAUCACCCGCACAAUGGGAGGACAUUACAGGAACUACCCCACUGACGUUUGUGAGUGACUGCGUUUCAUUUACAACAAAUGUAUCUGCCAGGUUUUGGCUUGCAGACUGCCAUCAGAUCCCAGAAACUGUUGGCUUAGCUUCCCAGCUCUACAGGGAGCUUAUCUGUGUUCCAUACAUGGCGAAAUUUGUGGUCUUUGCCAAAAUGAAUGACCCAGUGGAGGCCCGACUGCGAUGCUUUUGUAUGACAGAUGACAAAGUAGACAAGACUCUGGAGCAGCAGGAGAAUUUUGAAGAAGUUGCCAGGAGCAAGGAUAUAGAGGUUUUGGAAGGGAAGCCCAUCUAUGUGGAUUGCUAUGGUAACUUGGUUUCUCUGACAAAAGCGGGGCAACAGCUGAUUUUUAAUUUUUAUGCAUUCAAAGAAAACAGACUUCCCUUCUGUGUGAAGGUUAGAGACAAUAGUCAAGAGCCAUGUGGGCGAUUGUCAUUCCUCAAAGAGCCCAAAACUACUAAAGGACUUCCACAGACUGCAGUCUGCAACUUAAAUAUUACACUGCCUGCUCACAAAAAGGAAUUGGAGUCCGAUCAAGAUGAAGAGACUGAAAAACCAGAGCGUCGUCAUACCUUUGCAUCUCUUGCCCUACGUAAGCGCUACAGCUAUCUGGCUGAGCCUGCAAUGAAAACAGUUGAACGAAGUACAGCAAGAACUCUACCCGCUGGUUUCGCUUACAAACCUGUCUUUUCAACAAGAUCUUACCAGGCGUGGUCGGCUGCUCCUAUUACCGUCCCUGGACAAGGAAAAUCUGGAUUUGGUUCCUUAUCCAGUUCUUCAUCCAAUACUCCAUCUGCCUCGCCAUUAAAGUCAGUGUGGUCUAUUUCUUCUGCGUCUCCAAUCAAGUCAACUUUGGGAGCUUCCACAACGUCAUCAGUGAAGUCUGUUAGUGAUGUAGCUUCUCCGAUCAGGUCAUUCAGAAGUAUUUCCUCGCCAAUAAAGACUGUAGUUCAGCAAACCCAAUAUCCACUUCAGGUCUCCACUACCUUACUGUCUUCACCAGGUAAAACUGCAGUGGCUCCUGACCCUACCACUGUGAAAGGACUUGCAUCAUCACUGUCUUCAAGGACUUCCCCUGUCACGACAGCAGGGUCUUUACUGGAAAGGUCUUCAAUUACCAUGACCCCCCCUGCAUCUCCAAAGUCUACUGUUAACAUGUACAGUUCAAGUUUGCCAUUUAAGUCCGUUAUACCCUCUUCUGCACCUGUUACAUCUUCCCCAAUAAAGGCCAUACCUGCCCUUUCCUCUGUAAAAUCAACAGCAGAUGGUGCUGGGGCAUCAAAAGGAAAGUUGGUUUCCUCUUUGUCUUCACCAGUUAAGUCUGCAGUUACCUCCACAGAAACAGCCCUGCUUAAUGGCUCAGUUUCACCAAUUAAAUAUCCUUCUUCUUCAUCAACCAUGCUAAUCUCUGGAGGAACUCUGCAAGAAAAGUUACACACAACAACACAUGCAGCAACAACCUGUGUCAAUGCAGCUAUUGAGGAGGUGGAAAAAGCCUUCAGUUCCUGUGCUUCAGUCUACGCACCACUGAAAACCAUGUCCUCUCCGACAGUUAUGGCUUAUCAGUCAAUGAGACCUCCUGCCACAAGUCCUAUGUAUGCCUCUUUGAGAUCCCCAUCCUCUGCAACAACAUCUGUAACAUCAGCCACAAUAACUGUACCGGUGUAUUCAGUUGUAAAUGUCUUGCCAGAACCCCAAUUAAAAAAACCUCCUGAGACCACAAAAUCAGCAGCUGCACUCCUGUCGCCCAUGAAGAGCACAUCCACAGAAGCACACACACAGACACAGUCUUCCUUUUCCAGGACUUUGUCACCAAUCAAAUCUUCCUUGUUCAUUUCCCCAGCAGCCCUUAAAACAGCUACUGCAUCCUCUUUAUCCUCAAGUCAGGAGAUUUUGAAAGAUGUUGCAGAAAUGAAAGAGGACUUAAUAAGGAUGACGGCCAUUCUGCAGACAGAUAACAGCACAGCUGGUAAAAGCUUCCAGUCGGACCCUCCAAAAGAACCCAAAAUUGAAGAUGAGGAACCUUUUAGAAUAGUUGAGAAGGUCAAGGAGGAUCUGGUUAAAGUGGGUGAAAUCCUAAAGAAGGAUACAUUUAGCGAAAAUAGAGAAUCUUCUAGAGAUAAUUCACCUGAAGAUGACUGGGUUGAGUUUUCAAAAGAUGAAAUAGAGGAAGCCCAGGAAAAUUCAAUGAAACGUCUUCUGAACUAUGACACAGAGACUGUCCAAGCUAGAACAAAACCUGUUUCCGAUAAGGAUUUUAAUUUAGCAAGGGUGGUUGAUUACUUGACAAAUGACAUUGGUGCUAGCGCUCUUUCUAAAAUGUCAGACAUAAAGUAUAGAUAUGAUGAAGUGAAAAAAGAGGGGGAAGAAAAACAGAAACGUAUUCUCAAACCUGCAAUGGCGCUGCAAGAGCACAAGCUUAAAAUGCCACCCUCGAACAUGCGCUCUUCUGCUUCCGAGAAAGAAUUAUGCAAACUUGCAGAUGCAGUAUUUGGCACUGAUGCUAUAUUAGAAUCUCCAGAUGAUUUUUCGCAACAUGACCAAGAUAAGAGUCCUCUGUCAGACAGUGGCUUUGAAACAAGAAGCGAAAAGACGCCAUCAGCCCCUCAAAGUGCAGAGAGCACUGGACCAAAACCAUUAUUUCAUGAUGUGCCCAUCCCCCCUGUUAUCACAGAAACACGAACCGAGGUCGUCCAUGUUAUAAGAAGCUAUGAGCCCUCUUCAGACGAAACUCAGGAACCCAAAUUAGAAGAAGCAGGGCCAUCUAUAACGCCCAUAUGUCUGGAAUCUGAUCAAAAAACAAAUGGAUCUAUCAAAGACAAGGUUAAGGCUUUUCAAAUGAAAGUUAACUCAGAGGAAGAGAAUCACAAGGCUGUUGUAAGCAAAGGCAUGUGUGUCAAAGAAGAGACCCAUAUCACAACCACAACCCGUAUGGUUUACCAUAAACCCCCCUGCAAAGAGACCACAUCUGAAAGAAUUGAGGAAACAAUGUCUGUUCGUGACAUAAUGAAAGCAUUCCAAUCUGGUAGGGAUCCUUCCAAAGAACUGGCUGGUUUAUUUGAGCACAAAACCACCACUGAUUCUAUCAAAGGCAGUGAAACAAUGCCAAGACCAGUUGAAAAAGACAUAAAACCAAAACCCAAAGUAGAAAGAAUAAUUGAGGUUCAUAUUGAGAAAGGUAAUAAGGCUGAACCAACUGAAGUUAUCAUCCGCGAGACAAAAAAGCACCCUGAGAAAGAAAUGUACGUUUAUCAGAAAGAGCAUGUUCAGGGGGAUCACAGUGUAAAGGAAUUGCCAGACAGACUAGAUGCAGAUGAUGAAGUGCCACAGGAAGAGGAGGAGCUUACUGCAGAAGAAUCACUUCCUUCCUAUUUGGAAUCUUCCAGAGUAAAUACUCCUGUCUCCCAGGAAGAAGAUAGUCGUCCUAGUUCGGCACAGUUAAUCUCUGACGAUUCAUAUAAAACGUUAAAACUGUUAAGCCAACACUCUGUUGAAUACCAUGACGACGAGCUGUCAGAGCUAAGGGGAGAGUCCUACAGGUUUGCAGAAAAAAUGCUGCUUUCUGAAAAGUUAGACAUAUCUCAUUCUGACACAGAGGACUCUGUGACUGAGCACCCUCAUGUACUAGGCUCAGAGACACAAGGUGCAGAGCGAUAUUACAGAGAACCAAUGUCCUCCGCCCCCAAGAAAGAAUUUCUGUUGAAGUCUUCAAAGGACGCAUCAGGGAACGGAGCAGGUAAAAUUGCUGGCAGCGAUGAGCACUAUGACAAGCUAACAGUGUUGCACUAUACUGCAGAUCCUAGUAGCCCAAAGCAUGCUGUGUGGAUGCGUUUCACUGAAGACAGACUUGACAGGAAUAGAGAAAAACUCAUAUACGAAGACAGAGUAGACCGGACUGUAAAAGAAGCAGAAGAGAAAUUAAAUGAGGUAUCUCAGUUUUUCCGUGACAAAACAGAGAAAUUGAACGAUGAGCUUCAGUCUCCGGAGAAGAAGCCACACAGGAGGGAACCAAGGGAAACACGAUCGGGACCCAGCUCUACCAGCAGUAGUCCUGAAAAGGUGCAGUUUAAGGAUGGAGCAAGUAGUGAGGAGUGGGGUAAGGCCAGGCUCAGAGAGCAGUCUGUGGGCAAAUUAUUUGGCAGCUCUAAUGAAAGGAAAUGUGCUAGCUUACCAAACAGCCCUGAAAGACGAAUGCUUUCACAACGUACAGAUGACAAAGGGAAACAGGGAGACAGUGCUCCACAAAGUAAGGCAGGUGAGGGUUCCCAAACCCUUCAGCUAAAACCAUCAAAAGUGAGUUCUGUAAGACUAAAGUUUGAAUCAGAGCAGUUUCAGCAGGCGCAAAAGCAAGAAAAGGGUCCACAGUGGGGGCAGACCAAGCCCCCUGUGAAAAAACUGCAGGAAAGCAAGCUUCCUGUGUAUCAGGUUUUUGCUGGGGCAAAGACUCCAAAAUUGGCAGAUAACACAGAUGAAGGGGAAACUCCUAGGAGAGAUGUAGAUAGUGAGAGAGGCAAAGCUGCCCCUGCACCAGGCCCAGAUACUAUUAGGUCCCAGAUUUCUUCAGCUGCUCAAAAGCAGUCAUGUGACAGAGUACCACGCAAAGCCGCAUCAGAAUCAAAGCAAUUGACAGGAAUGAACGGCAAAGAACCUGAACCAUGUGCCAACGGAGACAAGGAAAAAAAAAUCUACCGCACUUGGGAAAACAAUGGAAAUGCUAACCACACAGCACAGAGGGAAAAAUUAACACACACACUUGUUCAUGACUCGUUGAGAGACAGCGGUGAUAGUGUUCAUGGAGAAAAUGACAAACAGAAAGUGGUUUCAUACCAAGAAAAAGGACAACAGCCUUCCAAAAAUGGAACCCCUGCUAAGGAGGUGGCAAUGAGUUUCCCUUCAAAGAAAAUUAUUUACACGGAACUUGUUGUUCGUGAAGAUAGUAAUAACGUUGAUAAUGAUACAAGGAACAGGACUUUAAAAAAAAAGAUGGAGCCAAGUCCAUCACAGAUCCCAGUCAGAAUGCCAUCAAGUGUCUCAGACAGUGACCAGUCAAAAACAUCAAAGCCAGAGACAUUAAUUAAACCCACAGAAAGAAGCGGCUCACAAAUACCUGCAUUAGCUAAAAACAGAUUCCAAGCUAGUCCUGAAACGCAUUCAUAUAGGGAUGAGAUGGAGUCUUCCACCAGCAGAUCUCCUGAUUCUUUAGAAUGUAGUCCAAUACAAGAUGCUUUAUCAAAUGAUUUUGGUGAUCCUAGCCCAGUAGAGUAUAUGGAGAAAGUAGCACCUUUUGUAAAAGCAGAAAAUUUCAAAGACAUAAAAACUUUACCUGUUUAUGUUAGCAUUGUUCAAGUAGGCAAACAGUAUGAAAAAGAGACUACAGGUGGUCAGGGAAGUUACAAAAAAAUUGUUAGUCAGGAAAGCCGAACUGUGCAGGAAACAAGGGGUGCUUUUUAUACAGUUAAACAGAAACAACCUCCAUCUCCCCAAGGUAGUCCUGAAGAUGACACAUUGGAACAGGUAUCCUUUAUGGACAGCUCUGGCAAAAGCCCCCUGACACCUGAGACUCCCAGUUCCGAGGAAGUGAGCUAUGACCUCACCUCCAGAACUCCAGAUUCUCUCUUUGCUUUUAUACCAGGCAAACCCAGUCCCAUACCUGAGGUGUCUGAAGAAUCAGAGGAGGAGGAACAAGGCAAAGCCUUCAAGGAAUCCCUGCCAGAAAGUAACAAGCCUUCUAAUUCCGUGUCCACAAAUGAAAACAAGGAAUCUGGAAAAAGAACAAAAGAUAAAAGAGUUGCUUACAUUGAAUUUCCCCCACCUCCUCCACUGGAUUCAGAACAAGCAGAGGCUGAGAAGACAGAGUCUCGACCUUCCUCAGAAACGGAGGUGGAAAUGAUGGAAGUCAAUCUCCAAGAGGAACAUGAUAAGCAUCUGCUUGCUGAACCAGUUAUUAGAGUUCAGCCCCCGUCUCCUCUGCCACCCGGAGCUGAAGACAGCGAUUCGAGUGACGACGAAUCCGUUUUCCAGCCCAUUCCCUUCAAGAAGUACACCUUCAAAAUUCCAGAGGACCAAGAGGAGCAGAAGUCAAAAGCUAGAAAGCAGGAAAGGAAUGGAAACCACAAGGAGUCUGGGACUAAUGGUGCUGGAAAGGGAGAUGAUUUUGAAUUUGAACAAAAUGGGAAUGACCAAUCCAUUACUGACUGUUCCAUUGCAACGACUGCAGAGUUUUCACACGACACCGAUGCUACUGAAAUUGAUUCUCUGGAUGGAUAUGACCUACAAGAUGAGGACGAUGGCUUGAGUGAGCAAGACCCAAAGCCGUAUAGUCUAUUGGCUGACAGUAAAAAAGAUAUAUGGGCGGCUGAGGGUAUGCUGAAGCCAUGCGAUCGCUCUUUUAGCCAAACUAAGCUUGAAGUCAUUGAGGAAGAGGGAAAAAUAACAAAUGAUGAAGGGAAAAAGGCGAAACCAGAAAGUGAAUCUCCUGACAAAAAAAUGGAUGAAAAGAAAGAUGGGAAUGGACAAAACUACACCUUGGAAGGAAGACACCCUGAUAGACAGGGAUUUGCUGAUACGUACUUUAGCUACAAAUUAGAGGAGGAGUUUGCAACUCCAUUUAAAACUGUUGCAACAAAAGGCUUGGACUUUGAUCCAUGGUCUAGCAAAGGAGGUGAUGAUGAAGUCUUUGACACUAGAAUAAAAGAUGAAGAGCCUAAGCCUUUUGGCUUAGCUGUAGAGGACAGGUCUCAAGCGACUACACCUGAUACAACCCCUGCCAGAACCCCAACUGACGAAAGCACACCAACUAGUGAGCCUAAUCCCUUCCCGUUUCAUGAAGGGAAGAUGUUUGAGAUGACUCGCAGUGGUGCAAUUGACAUGAGCAAGCGGGAUUUUGUUGAAGAAAGACUUCAGUUUUUUCAGAUUGGUGAGCAUACUUCUGAAGGGAAGUCAGGGGAAAAAGGGGAAGGGGUUAAAAAGUCAGGUGUAGUUACAUCAGAGCUAACGCCAGUAGAGAAAACAAUAGAAAUAAAAGUAGAGGCCCCCGCAGAUACAAAAGCAGCUGAGUGUGACCUUACCCAGGCAAACGCUCACUGUGUGGAUGCAUCAUCUGGUGAUGAUGUAGCAGACACUUCCCCAUGCAGCAUAACUGCCUCCAAAGUUGAUUGUAAACUACGCACCCCUAUCAAAAUGGGAAUUGCUGCUUCCAUUACUGUCAAAAAAGAAUCUGGAGCUGUGGAAGUGACCGAUUGUAAAGCUGAGACCUUAGAUAGCCAGAUUUUAGAAAACAGAGACAAAGUAGCUCAUACAGGAGCCAAGCCUCGCAGGAACACAGAUAUAAGCAGGUCACCAGAAAGAAUAGGUUAUCCAAAAGAUAACUUCAAUAACAACAAUAAUCUGGAUUCCUCAAACAUCCAAACAGCCUACAUCCAGUGCAACAGUAUAGUGUUUAAUUUACAGUCAGCCCCUGAGUCAUCAGUUCAGAAUGACAGCAAGACAGAUGCGCUAUUCCAUAGGGAAUUAGAUAAGCUAAAUGAAAAUAGCAUGCAGGGUGAGCAAACUAGAGAGUCUUCUAAAUCCUUGGAAAGUGAAACAAAACAACCAAAGUCAAGGCUGCCAAUUAAGGCCUCAAAGCCAACACCACAUAUGCAAAGUACAGCCCAGAAAGCAGGAAAGCAGAAGCUGAAACAUGUUUCUAAAAUGGAGGCACGGAAAAGAGCAGACCCUAGUGCUACUUUGGAGCCCAGAUCUAGAAUUCCAAUAAAAGGUAUUAGUAAAAGUAAUGUUAGUCCUCCUAUUACCGUGCAGAUAGUGACCCGGUCAGGCAAGGUUGAGAAAGAGAGGGUCAAGCAGAUACCUUCCAGAUUACCAGUUAAGGACAGAACAAGCAAUAGCAGCCCCCCAGCCAGUAAAACAGGCAGAGAUCAUCUGAGCGAGGUCUGUAAACGCUCCAUUGAAUAUUUUAAGAAUAUUAGUGGUGAGACUUUAAAGCUUGUGGACCGCCUCUCUGAUGAAGAGAAAAAGAUGCAGUCAGAAUUGUCUGACGAUGAAGACAGCACGUCAAGAAACGCCUCAUUGUCAGAAGCCGCUCAAGUAUGCCAGCCAUCCAUUACAUCGAGGUCUGCUAGAGACUUGAAAACUGAGGCAGCGCCUUUAAAAUCAAAGGUUGAAAAGGCCAACAGUGAGAGAAGGAGAAGUAGGCGGACUGAUGGAAAUGAAGGCAGUCAGGUUUCUGGGCCUCACGUGGCUCACAUCGUGGAGAUCAAGCCUAGCCCGCAGAGUCCAUGUGACAGAACUGACUUGAGAAUGGCGAUUGUAGCCGAUCACCUGGGUCUGAGCUGGACUGAGCUGGCCAGAGAAAUGAAUUUCUCAGUGGAUGAAAUAAACCAGAUUCGAGUGGAGAACCCUAACUCAUUGACAACACAGAGUUUCAUGUUAUUAAAGAAAUGGGUUAGCAGAGAUGGUAAAAAUGCUACAACUGAUGCCUUAACUGCAGUGCUGACAAAGAUCAAUCGGAUGGAUAUUGUGACCUUGCUGGAAGGGCCAAUAUUUGAUUAUGGUAACAUUUCAGGCACAAGAAGUUUUGCAGAUGAUAGCGCUGUUUUCCUGGAUCAGGCUGAUGGUUACAACAACAUCCAAAUGGAACUGCAGACUCCCACUGAGUUGCGCUAUGAACCACCCACCCCACUCCGGAAUGAUGAUUUUUUUAGCGAUGUGCCUAGUGUAGACUCUCCCUUUAGAAACCCCUGUAGACCCAGCAAUCUGUCAUUGUCUCAGCAACUGCAAAGCUCUUCAGCUGCCACCAAGCCACCAAAAGUCACAGCAGAGGACACCUCCUUGGAUGACCACAGACUGGAGAGAUGGACAGUGCCCGGCGAAAGCAGAGACGAGACUCAGGCUUGUGAACAGGAAGAGGAAACAGACACUAGCCCCGAGUCAGUCACACCACCUGCACAGGAAGACAAAGGCGUUGUGAAAGAGCAAGGUGUGUUUUUGGAAAGAUUGCAGCAAGAGGAUGAUCGCCCAGAAGGAAGCUGGCAGCCAGGGGCGCGUGCUUCAGUUCCAUAUCACGGGGUCACUGCAGAGGAGGAGGGCAGUCAGUCUGGUUCUGAGGAGGAAGAGGAAAUGAUGCAAGAACAGCUGGAAGAUAUUUGGUCGGAGGGCAAGGAGAUGCCAGAGGAGAGUGUGCAGGCUAAUCUGAAACAAGUACAACAGGCAGAAACAGACAUGUCUCCAAUUCCAGGUUGGCACAGUGAGACUUCAAGUGUUAACGUGGAGCCGCCUACACCAGGUCGUAGUUUAAGCUCUGACUUGCUAAAUCGACAGGAAAACAGCCAAGAGCAGUCCAGCGACUCCAUUACCUCAUCCUCAAAGGAACAACCAGGGAAGCCCAAACAGAAUGGCGAGCAUGUGGAGUUCCCAUCUCCAACAGGGACAGUGCCCCUGGCACAGGAGCCUGCCAGCGGGGCGAAAGGCCAGGCCCUCAAAGAGCCAGGCCGGCAGAAGGCCCAGAAGGGUCCUCUGCGCACUGAAGAGCACACCGGGCCUGACCCCUCCCUGCCCCCGGACAACAAGCCCAGCAUGGAGGGGGUUGGCAUCGCUGGGUCAAUCAGUAGUAAGAGGAUGAGCCCUGACUCCCCAGAAGAUGGCAGAGCUGGACCAAGCUUUCAAGAAGAAGACUCCUACACAUCUGAGCACAAAGUGCAGGAACAUAGAGAUAGUGAAUCAAGCUCGGAUGAAGAACGGACUGUCACCACUCGAGUAAUUCGCCGGCGAGUCAUUUUAAAGGGAGAGCAGGCGAAAAACAUUCCUGGUGAAUCAGUCACAGAGGAGCAGUUCACAGAUGAGGAUGGUAACAUCAUUACAAGAAAAGUUAUCAGAAAAGUUAUCCGACGUGUGGUUGCUUCAGAGGACAAAGACCGUGAAAAAGGGAAAAAGGAUGAGAACUCCAAACAACCGCUGAGCUUAGAGGAGGAGUGCUUUAAGCAUUCAGAAAGACAAACUGUGAAGGAGCACGGAGAAGGACACAAGAUGAAAAAGAAAGAAGUCAGACACACAGAGAAAAAGAUCCACUCAUAAUAGUCAUGGUGCUCUUCUGGUGUGCAACUUUUUUUAGUGUCCUGUGAGGAGAUGACUGGAAAUCACAGCUGACCAUCUACAAAAAUCAGCAGAAUUCAAAGUGUGUCUGCAGCUUCCACAUUAACGCAUGGUAUUACGCAAGAGGACUUUUUGAUUUAGCAUGAGCAUGAAAACUCACUUUAUUUCAAUGACCUGGAGUGUUAAAUUAAAAACAAGAUGUGCCAUGGUGUCAAUAAGACUUCUUAAGUUGAGGCGAGUCAUUGAAAAUAAAAAAACAACAAUGGCAAAGCAAGCAAUUACUGUGAUUAACGAUGGCACGAAAGCUGACCGGCAGGUGAAAACAGAGGAACACUUUUGAAUCACCUUCUACACUCGCCUUAUAUUUUUCUUGGACCCAUAAUGUCAGGGUGUAAAAUGCUGUUUCAUUUCUUUUUAACAAGAUUAUCAGUGAUUUUGCUGUAUAUAAAUUACACUGUAUAAAUUCUCAAAUAAGUAGCCUACAUCUUGUGAAGGCACUGACUUAAAAGAACUUUAAAGUGCAUUGGAAUUGAAUGGCGAUGUUGAAAUGGUUCCAAUUUUAAAGGAAGGUUUGAGUGUUACUUCACAAAUUCUUGUAUAAUUAUCAGCAGGUAUAAUGUUUGUACAUGAAAAAAAAAUGCUAGCUUGAUUUUACCAGAAGAAAGUUUCUUUAAAUCUACCGCGACUUUAAAUAAUUCUCAAAAUGGGAAUAUCUGUAGUUCUGUGAAAACAUUUCUUCAGAGUACUAAUAUUUUGAUGCAUGCGAUUCACCUUAUUUUAAUUACGAUUUUUCUAAGUUUGCAAACAGUAUAUAACAACUUUUAUCUGUGUACACACAUAGCCCUUACAUUUGUCACUAUUGCCAGUUUUUUUAAAGAAAAUAUCCUGGAGACAUCAACAUGUGAAUCAGGGGAGGGAGGGACUUCAUUUUUCCUGCUUAUAGAAGGGUUACUGCUUGCAAAUCUACACUAAAAGGGCAGCUCCUGAAGGCUUAGGCUAGAAACACUAUGAGAGAGAAAUGAUCCGAAUGUAUAUGCUAGACUGGCACGCUGUAAAAUUUACCUGUAUCAUGUGUAUUGGCUAUAAGAUGUAGAAGUCUUUCUGUAAGCCGAUUAAUUGUAAUCAUUCUAGCAGUGUAUUAAUAGGUUUCUAAGGCUGCUGUGGUUUAAAAAAGGGCGUUUUUAUUUGGGUUUUGGUGAAAUAUUUCCUUUUGUUGAAUCUAUUCAUAUGAAAUCACCUAAAGCAUUCAUUGAUAGUAGCUCUAAUAACAUAUGUAUGAAACAAACAACAAACACUGGAUGAUCUAGUUGAUUAUUUAAGCAUAAAAUAAAUUGUGUUUAAACCCUGAA